AUGACUCAACAGACACGAUUCAAGCUCAACACAGGCGCCUCAAUUCCCGCUAUUGGCUUCGGAACGUUUCAGGACCCAGAUGCUCAAGAGGACGCCGUGUCGCGAGCUCUCGAGGCGGGCCUGCGCCUCAUCGACACUGCACGCGUGUACGAUGUGGAAAAGCAGGUUGGAAGAGGCAUCAAGAAGAGCGGGGUUUCGCGAGAGGACAUCUUCCUUGGUACCAAGCUGUGGUGCAACGACUUCCACCCGGAUGAUGUCGAAAGGGCUCUGGAUGCGUCACUGGCGGAUCUCGACACUCCAUAUGUGGACCUGCUCAUGAUGCACUACCCCUGUACUUUUGCUAGGGGCGAGGAGCGGUUCCCAAGAGACGGCAAUGGUAAAAUGAUCCACGGCGAAACCACGUUUGUGGACACUUGGAAGGCUAUGGAGAAGCUUGUCAAGACAGGCAAGACGAGGGCCAUCGGCGUCUCCAACUUCAGCAAAGCAGAGCUCGAGACACUCAUCGGAGAGUGCUCAGUGGUCCCGGCCGUUCACCAAAUGGAGGUUCAUCCCUACCUGCAACAGAAGAGUUUCAACCAGUGGCUUCGCUCGCAGGGUAUUCAUGUCGUGCAGUUCAGCCCUCUGGGGAACAUGAAUGGCUUUUAUCGUGCGACAGGCUGGAGCAAGGAAGUCUCUCACAUGAAAAGGGUCAUCGACCAGCCUCUUCUCCAAGACCUUGGGCGCAAGUACGGCAAGAGCGCGGUCCAAAUCGUGUUGGCGUGGGGUGUUAACAAUGGCCGUUCCGUCAUUCCGAAGAGCACCAUCGACUGGCAGAUCAAGGAAAAUGUCGAGGCCGACUUCAAGCUCGACGCCGAGGAUAUCAAGGCGAUUGAGGAGUUGGAUAUCAAGGCGCGGUUCAACGAUCCUAGUCUCGACUACCAGUGGAGACUGUACGCCGACCUCGAGGGUAUUGAGGGGACAAAGGACGGGCGAACUCAUUGA